AUGCCUCUCUCAGAUUCCACCAUAUCUCUGCUUCUUGCAGUGCUACCAAUAAGCGGCAUUAUAUUUGCGCUUUACAAUCAGUAUCAAAUUUGGCUUAAAUCCCCGAUCCGUGGUUUGCCCUACCCUCCAGGUCCUCCAUUACUCUUAGGAAAUGCGAAUCAUGCUGUACAAUCUCGACCCUGGCUGACAUACACUGAGUGGGCGAAACAGUAUGGGGAUAUCAUAUAUCUUAACAUCUAUGGAGAACACACCGUCAUUCUGAACAAUCUCGAAGAUGUUAUGGAGUUAUUUGAACAGAGAUCACGAAUAUAUUCCAGCCGCCAGAGUAACCCAUAUACAGAGCUCAUGGGUUGGCAAUUUAAUUCAGGACUUCUGCCGUAUGGCGACUUGUGGCGUCGUCAUAGGAAACUGCUCCAACAGUGUUUCCGACGAAAAAUAUCGACACAAUACGAGCCUAUCCAAACAGCAAAGACGCACAAUCUACUAAACGACCUUCUCCGGACACCUUCUGAUUUUAUAGAGCAUUGUAAAAAAAACUCUUCUGCAAUGAUCAUGUCCAUCUUGUACGGGCAGGACAUCAGCGAUGAAAUCAGUGCCCAAUUUGUUUCAGUAGCUGAAGAAACCGUCACGGCAUUGGGGAAGUGCCUCCGACCAGGCAAACACAUGGUCUCAUAUUUUCCAAUACUUCGAUAUCUUCCUGCCUGGUUUCCUGGCGCUGACUUCCAAAGACGAGCUGCGGAAGUCAAGAAGCUCACGUGUAAGAUGAAGGAUGAACCAGUAGACUUUGUCGGUAAGGGCCUUCUUCAUGGUACGGCCUCAGCAUCAUUGGUGGCAGAUUUGUUAGAGAAUUGCUACGUUCAGAGGGAAUACGACCUCAUCAAGGACGUUGCCGCCACUUCAUUUGCUGCUGGAGCAGAGACGUCUGCAGCCGCAAUGGAGUCAUUCCUUCUGGCGAUGAGCCUCUUCCCUGAAGCACAAAAGAAAGCACAAGCUGAAAUCGACAGAGUAAUUGGCAAAGAACGACUUCCAACAACGGAUGAUCGCCCUUUUUUACCAUACAUUGAGGCUGUAUAUCGGGAGUUAAUGAGAUGGGCACCAAUAUUGCCACUCAAUACUGACCAUACAACAACUGCAGAUGAUAUAUACAAGGGCUAUUACAUUCCAAAAGGCACUGUGGUGUAUGCCAAUACCUGGGCAUUGACACGGAACGAAGAAAAAUACCCUAAUCCGGAUAUAUUCAACCCUGAUCGCUUUUUUACUGAAACAGGCCAUUUGAAUGAUGAUGAUACUGUCCUUACUUUUGGCUUUGGUCGUCGUAUCUGCCCAGGUCGUCAUAUGGCUUCUACCACCGUAUGGCUUGCCAUCGUGUCCAUUUUGGCAAACUUCGACAUCAAAGGCAAAGGUACCAAUAACAAAGAUCAAAAGUUCACUUCAAUCGGAGAGAUGUUCACUGACAACUUUAUUUCUCGCCCUGUUCCAUUCGAAUGCGAUAUCGUACCACGAAAAAAUGCCGCCCUUCUGGCCAGUAAAUAG